GCUUUCUUGGGCGGACAGACGGCGCAAGCGCACCUUUUGCUGGAGGCCGCAGAGCAGCACGGAGGCCCUGACAUCUGCAUGGCGGAGACACUGCACAGGCUCGGAGCGGAAGGCGUGACGGCCAACAAGAAGAUGUUCUUCUCAUUGGACCAGAACGGUGCGGUGGCCUGGCUGGCGUCGGUCAAGCGGCACGAGCCAGCCACCGCAGUCAGAGCGCACAGUAUCAUGACGAGCGUGUUCAAUGUGAAGCAGUUCCUUGGCACGCUGGCGGAGUCCGAGACACAGCACUCGGAGCGGCAGCGCGACGUUCGACUAUAUGAGGCGGCGGCGGGAGAA